CUUUGGAGGUCCCAGUGUUCCGUACAAGAGCUACACUGAAAUUACUGAUCAAAGCUGGAAGCAGCCUGUAGGCUGCCCAGCGUUGUAGCUCGUGCUACACCAAAACCCAAGCCCAAAUUCUCACAGUAACCCCAUUUCUGGAUGAGGACCGUGGUGGAUUAGGUGCACACGACUGCAGUUCCGCAGGAGCUUUGCCCCUCACUGAACAUGAGCACAAAACCUGGUUUGCUACUGAGUCAUUUGCAGGCACCAGGGCUCGCUCGGGUAUCCCGACAGCCGCCUCCCGCCGUGCCGGGGGAAUCCCGGGAGCUCUGCAGGUAGGUGGAUAGACACCAGCGCCUCGUCCCCCGCAACCCCUGGCUGCGAGCCUCACCCUGCCCUGCCUCUCGGGUUUGUUUUUGCUUGGGUUUGAUGCUUGGAGCAUCUCUUUCCUUCCCCAGAACAGCCGGAAAAGGGAAGCUUUGGGCGGUGCGUGGCUGCCUCGCCUCCCCUUCCGCCGCCUGCUCCGCCCCGGUUGCUGCGGAGCGGGGCGGCCGCGCAGUUUUCGGCAUGGCAGUGGACUGGCUCGGCUUUGGAUACGCCGCCCUGGUGGCAUCAGGAGGGAUCAUUGGCUAUGCAAAAGCAGGUAGUGUUCCGUCACUAGCUGCUGGCCUUUUCUUUGGGAGUUUGGCUGGACUGGGUGCUUAUCAGGUCUCACAGAAUCCAAAUAACAUCUGGGUUUCUCUGAUUACAUCUGGAGCACUGACAGCUGUCAUGGGAACAAGAUUUUACCACUCCAGAAAAUUCAUGCCUGCAGGGCUAAUUGCUGGUGUCAGUUUGCUAAUGGUUGGAAGAUUAGCACUGAAGAUGUUGGAAAAGCCCCAGGAAAAGUAACUGUUAAUUUUACAUCUUAGUAUUUGGAAAAGAAAACCUGAUCAUGGAAUUGCAUGAAUGCAGAAGUGAGAAGAUGGAAAAAUUUUCUGUAUCAAGACAUUUUUUAAUCUUUUUUUGUAAGUGGGAGUACAGUGAUGGGACAGAUAGUUAUUAUACGAGGUAGAGCUGUUUGUGUAUAGAGAGAAAUUGGUCCUGGGUUUGAUUUUUCUGGCAUGUUUCAGUGUAUUUUAACACUUCCAUGUUUUUAUAUUCCAAAAUAUACUUCUGACAUGUAUGAAGCAGAUAAAAAAUAUCCUGUAAUUAAGAAAAUAUCUACAAAGAGGCACCAGGAGUAACUGGCUAAAUACAGUAGUGUAUCUCAAACCUUUUACACUGAGUAUUAUGGUGUGCUUUACCUGUUGCAUUCUGAAUUGAUACACCAUGUCUUUAUAAUGUCCAACAGAUCUUGCUUUUUUAUUGUGAAAUUAUGCUAAAAUGAUGCUUUUCUAUAAGUAAAAUUUGUUACAAACCUUUA